GCCGGAGAUAAUGUCGCACGUCCGAGAAAGCCACGGGCAAACGAUUCGUGCGAUGCCGGUGCAAGCGUACCAAUACAGGUGCACCGAAUGCGACUUCAAAACUCGGAACAAGAAUACAUUGAGAGAUCAUAUUCUUCGACAGCACACAGAAGAGUGCGCUUACGUUGCGAGAUUUGCGCGAAGGAGUUCAAGGUGAAGGGCGACCUGACUCGACACAUGAGGCAGGAUCACUUCACUGAAAGGUGUUUCAUCUGCGGCGCCGUGUUCGAGAAUCACAACGAAGUCCUCGGUCACAUGAAGCGCAAGCACGACGACCAUCCGUAUCGAUGCGCCAAAUGCAACCGUUAUUUGGAGUCAUUGGAGUCCUUGGAGAAGCACAAACAAUGGCACUCGGACAUGAUAAAGAGGAGCUCUGUGGCCUGUCGGGAAUGCGGCAAGGUGAUCCGUGAUUACAAUUAUUCGACGCACAUGCGACUGCACUCGAAGGAGAAGCCCAACACGUGCCCGGUUUGCGGGAAGACGUUCCGAUGGCUGAGUCCUUUGGAGAGACACAUCGUCGCCCAUUCCGGCGAAAAGCCGUACGUUUGCGACAUCUGCGGCCGAGAUUUCUCACAAAGGCCGAGCCUCGUUGCCCACCGGAAGCAACACCCUGGGCCGCUGCCUCCCCUGAAAACAGUGUCGCUUAAGAAUAUAGUUAAGGAAUAUCUGGAGACUUACAAACGCGCGAAACGGAAGACUAAUUGAUUAAUUGAGUAGUUUAUUUUGGAAGUGGCCUAAGUCUAUUUAUAUACUUAAAUUGAGAUAUUUAUUAUUGAUAAUGUCCGAAGGCGGUGACGAAGAAAUUAUUUCACCCAUGGGACAGAACGGGUAGCGAAGAAGAAUUGGUGACUAAUGAUUUCAAGGAAAAUCGAGAAA